CAUUAUCACAGAAGCUAAGCAAUGAAGCUCUAAUUAUUUCUUCUUCUUCUCCUUCAAUUCUCAAAAUUAAUCUUCAAUUUGUCUGAUAUGGACGCAUUCUUCUUAAUGGAUGAUUCGAAUACACGGAAACAGUUGAUCGCGUCGCUAGCUCAUGCGUUCGGAUGCGUUUAUGUUUGUCUAUGGUCUUAUUAUUUUCCUCGGCCUUCUAACUAUUUGAUAUCAAUGGAUGCAUAUUACAAUGAAGCGUCUCAAGAACCACCUUCUUCUUCUUCUUCUUCUUCUUCUUCUUCUUCUUCUCGAUGCUUAGCUAGAAGCUUGCUCCUUGAGUAUCGCCAAUCUCUUAUCCCUCUCCAUAAUGGGCAUGUACCAAGCAUGGCGUUCAUGAACAAUCUUCCAUACGUAGAGAUUCGACAACAAGAAAUUCAAAGGCUUGCUUAUAACGACGCACAACGUCUCUUCUAUCAGGAAGCCAAGAUUCAGACGGUGAUAUUCAUGGGUUGCCGGAGCGGCGAGAUCGAACUCGGAAUGACGUAUGAUGCUGCAAAUAUGAAAAUAGAAGAAAGUCUUCGAGAAUGGUUCCCUGAAGAUUUCAGUAGAAACUCUUCUCCGGUGAACUCCGACUAUCUCCGGCCACCGCGUCAUCCGUCUACAUCUUCUUCUUCUCUUAGUCCCAACCAAGUCUCCGAAUAUUCCUCUCUUUUAUUCCCACUCAUCCCUAAACCUUCAACGACGACUGACGCGGUUAACGCUCCGGCACAUCCACUGCUAGCUCCGAUCAAUAUGAUCCAUCAACAACAACAAGAGCCUUUGUUCCGUAACCGUGAACGUGAGGAAGAAGCAAUGACGCAAGCUAUCUUAGCGGUUUUAAGGGGGUCGUCAAGUCCGCCGUCUCCUUCUUCCUCGCCGCUACGUAAAGGAAGAGCCACCGCUUUUAAAAGAUAUUACUGCAUGAUUAGUGGCGGAGGUAGAGCGCGGCCACAGCCUAGUGUGCGGAAGCAAAGCAUGAUGAAAAGAGCGAUAACGUUUUACAAUAGGCUUAACAUUCAACGGAGAGAGCGUUUUGUUAGGGAAAACGCUACUAUGGCCGCAGAUGGAAGCGGUGGAAGUGGCGGGGGUGGACGUUCGCUAUCCACAACGCAAUUGCAUCAUAUGAUAUCGGAGAGGAAACGGCGAGAGAAGCUUAAUGAGAGCUUUCAAGCAUUGAGAUCUCUCCUUCCUCCGGGAACUAAGAAAGAUAAAGCAUCGGUCCUCGCCAUUGCAAGAGAGCAACUAUCUUCUUUGCAAGGCGAGAUUUCAAAACUCCUAAAGAGAAAUCGGGAGCUAGAGGCGAAGCUAGCCGGAGAAAGAGAGAUUGGAAAUGAUUUACAACCCGAUGAGAGGUUUAACGUUUGUAUAAGACAUAUACCGGAAUCAACAUCUAGAGAGAGGAUGUUGGAUCUAAGAGUUGUUCUAAGAGAAGACAUCAUUAGGGUUGACGAUUUGAUGCUAAGACUUCUCGAAUUCUUGAAGCAAAUCAACAAUGUGAGCUUAGUAUCAAUCGAAGCUCGAAGUCGAGCUAGAGAUAGUUCGGUUGUUCUUGUGAGCUUAAGGCUCAAGAUUGAGGGUGAAUGGGACGAAUCAGCCUUCCAAGAAGCAGUCAGAAGGGUUGUUGCUGACUUGGCUCACUGACAACAAGUUUGAUUAUUUCCUAAUACUCUAUAAUUAUAUAUUUUAUAGUCCUUUUUCACACUUAAAAAUUAGGUUUUAAUUUAUUUUCUAAAAAUUAUUUCGAUCUUUCUGUCGAUUUUUUCAGCGUUCAUCGCUAUUUCGUGAAUAAAGUCAUUACCAUAAGUUAUUAAUACAGGUAAUAAUUAGUAUAUUCAUUUGUAAUAGGUAAUAAUUAGUAUUCUGGGACAUCAUCUAUAUAUACGAUUGAUGUUUUUGUUUUGUUUCUUUUAAUUAAAAAUUCGUGUAUUACUUUAA